AUGGAGUUAAAUCGGGUGAUCGCGGCGGCCAAUAUAUCGAGCCUUGAGGUCCUGUCCAAUUACCCCGGCAGUGACGAUUCUAACGUCUCACCGGCAAAGAAUUAUGCAACGUUAUAUGCACAUUACGUGUUCAAAGCCUUUGACGUCAAUUGCAACGGCGCCAUCAGUUUCAGAGAUUUGCUGGUGACACUGUCGACCCUGCUCCGCGGUUCGAUAUACGAGAAGCUGCGGUGGGCGUUCAAGCUGUACGACAUUAACGGCGACGGCUGCAUCACCAGGUCCGAGCUCGGGGAGAUCGUUAUAGCUGUCCACGAGCUGAUGGGUCGUCGAUCGCACCAGGCGGAAGACGAUAGGAAAGCGAGGGAACAGCUUGACAUCGUUUUUAGAAAAUUAGACAUCAACCAAGAUGGCGUUAUCACCUUGGAAGAGUUUAUAGAAUCCUGUUUAAAGGAUGACAUGAUUAUUCAGUCAUUAAGAGUGUUCGAUGGUCAAUGAUGCCGAACUUGUGGGUAAAGGGUCAACUUUGUUCAAGAGAAAUGUAGAGACUAUACAAUUUUUCGAUAAAGUGACAAAUGUGCAGUGCAGGACACGCUUAAAUGUGCGCUGAACUUGAUUGGGGGUGUAAUUAGUUUGUAAAAUAAAAAUAAAUCCAACACUUUAAAAACAAAAAUUAAAAAUUUCUUCCUUUGCCCAAAAGAUUGUCAAGUACCAUUAAUAUUCUUUGAAAACACUAUGUCAUAUUAUUCACAGUUGUAAAUUUGAAAUUGAUAUUCUGUGGUGUUACAUUCAUAUAUUUUGAACCAGAACAAAAACAAUUCUUCCACUUGGGCCUAAUGAUAGAGGACAAGUUUGUUAAGAAAUGUGCAUAUUUAGGCCUGAAAAAAAAAAACUUGUGAUUUUAAACCAAGUAAUGCAAAUUUAAUUGUGAUCAGUGUUUGUUAUACAUUUUAAAAUUAAAAAGGUUCAUGUUAUGAAGAAAUGUUUAGCUAAUAAAACUAGUCAUGUCUAAAAUUAAGAAGAAAACAUUCUUCCAACGAUUAUGUUAUUACUUUUAAAUAAAUAACUCUAGUUAUGAAUGUUUAAAUUUCAUAAUCGAUUUUAUGUCAAUUCCUUAGUUGUUGUAAUAACAGUAUUAGUGUAUUUUGUCAUGUUCGCUAGUCAAGAAUUAUUAGAAAUUAUUGUUGUUGUUGUUGUUUGUUUAUCAGGCAAUAUUUUUACAUUUCCAAACAAAUCAUUCUCCGUCCGUGGAAAUUUAUUUCAAAUCAAAACUAAAAUGAGAGAAUACAGUUGCAAAAUAGUGUUUGCAACUGCAAGGGGAUCAGUUUUUGUUUUCUGUUUUUCUUUCUUUUUUUAAGCAUUAUUCACAUAUAUCUGGACAGAUCUUUAUGAGAUAUUUUUAUAAUGGCACUUUUGAAACAUAACUUGAGUUUAUGACUAUUAUUUUUAACAAAACAAUUUCCUACUUACCAUUCUAAAAGUUAAUUAGCCAGGUGGGAUUGAAUUGAGAUUGAAACUAGUAUAUAUUUCAAUUGUGCUGAAUUAUUUAUUUCAAAAUUUAACAUUUCUGGAGUUUUUUUUUAAAUCUUAGGUUUCAUUAAUUUUGAAAAUCCGCAAUAUACAGAAAACAUCAGUUUAUAAGUUACUGGAUUUCUAGUAUGAAAAUAUACUUCUUUUAAUGAAAUUUUCUUCUUACUUAGAUGUUUUUCUAUUUUUCAGUACAGUCAAUAAUAUUAUAAUUAUUAUUAUAAAUACUCAUGAGUUGUGUAAUACAAUUUAAAUGAAAUCUACACCUGGCAGAUUUGAAAUAGAAUAUUGUCCUUAAAAUUGAUGUUACUAUCAUAUAAAAUGAGUCUUCCAAGAAUAACUGAUUGAAGAUUUUUAAAAAAUGGAAGAAAAUACAUCAAACUUUAACCUACAAUAUAAUUACCGAAACACCUUCGUUUACCAUGCUGUAGAAUGGUAGAAUGAUUGAUACUGUUUUUCGAUGGUUUGCCUCUUGUUAAAUAAUUGUGCAUUUAAUUUUAUGUUUUAUCUAAUAAUGAAUAUACUACAUUAUAUUAUAUUGUUAGGAAAAUAUAUACUAAGUGCCCUAUUGUGAAGAGUGGUAAGAUCGACAUGGCAAUCAGUAGUCAAAUUUUAUAAGGAGCAAAGUUCAUUUCACUUAUUUUUUUAUUAGCAGUAACUUAGAACAAAAUUACCGAGUUUCUGAGGUGACAUCAAUAAUUGUUACAUUUAUAACACAAGCCGUGCAAUUAGCAAAGAUAUGUGUAAUUACGGUUUAUUAUUAAUUAACUAUAGAUUUUAAAAUGGGGUGAGAAGAAGCAUAGGAUAUUGUUGAAAAUUUAGUAGUCUAGUGUGUAAAAUACAAAUGUCAAUAAUUAAUAGCUAAUUAUUAGAACGUUUCAAUUGUAUUGGAAGAACAGAAGUAAUAAAAAAGAGUGUGUUGGAGAAAAAAUAAACAGUUUUUCAUUGUAAAUAGAGUAUUAUUAGAUGAGUCAUUAGAUUUUUGCCAAUUGCUCAGAAUUUUGCCCCACUUUAAAAACAUGUUUAUUAAAUAUUGUAGCAGAAAAUUGUAGCAAUAAUGAAAUGAAAUAUCAUUAUUUUGAUUUUUGAUAUGGUAAAUAUAAAAAUUUUACUAAUAAUAUGUACUAUUUUAAUAUUUUGUUGUUUUUUAUUAAUACUUUUGCUUUAUGCAUUAUCGUGGGAGCCAUUUUUAUAUCACUUUUGAAUUAAAUACAAAAAUAAAAUUUUAAAAAGCCAAAACACCAGGUAGCAACAAUUUUAAGUCAUAUCACUUUAUGAAAGGAGAUUAUUAGGUGAGUUGCAAUGUUGUAUUUGAUAAGUUUUU